AGGAAUGCAGGCCGUACUGUCGAGCGACUUUUCUAUCGCACAGUUCCGGUUCUUAGAGCGCCUACUCCUAGUGCACGGCCGAUGGUCUUACCUCCGAAUGUGUAAAUUUCUUCGCUAUUUCUUCUACAAGAACUUCACGUUCACUCUCUGCCACCUGUGGUACGCCUUUUUCAGCGGCUUCUCCGCCCAGACACUAUACGAUCCUAUUUUCAUAUCGUGUUACAACGUAUUCUACACGUCGCUACCGGUGCUAGCGAUGGGCAUUUUUGACCAGGACGUCGACGAUCGCGUAUCGCUACGUUACCCACUAUUGUACACUCCGGGUCAUGAGGGUCUAUUAUUCAACAAGCUAGAAUUCCUCAAAAGUGUCGCUCACGGAAUCGUAUCAUCGCUCAUACUAUUCUUCAUACCUUACGGCACCUUCAGGAACGCGGUCUCAACCGACGGCGUCAAUUUGGACGACCAUCAGCUCUUUGGGACAGUCGUCUCGACGAUGUUGGUGCUCGUCGUGACCGCUCAGAUAGCGUUGGACACAGCCUACUGGACAAUAUUCAACCACGUGGUCAUCUGGGGAAGUGUCGCCUUUUACUUCGCCACCACUCUAGUCCUUAGCGAUCUGUUUGAGAUGUCAUACUUGGGCGCCCUUCGUAUGACUCUGAGCUCCGGUCAGUUUUGGUUCGCCCUAUUCCUGGUGCUGACUAUUCUGGUGGUACCAGUAGUGGCCACUCGUUUCUACCGCACGUCGACCCAACCGUCCCUUAGCGACAGGUGUCGCUACAAACAGCGUGUAUCCCGACUGAGGGCCAGACCCGAGCGGUUGGUGAGGAGGGGUUCCGCGCGAACGAGUCGUCGCUCAGUCCGCUCGGGGUAUGCCUUCGCACACCAGGAGGGCUUCGGGCGCCUCAUAACGAGCGGUAAAAUCAUGAAACAACACAAAUCCGAAGCGCCGACACCUAUGCCUUAGCCAUAGGUCUUAACGGACGGAUAUCUAUACAAACACUUCGCUAAUACAACCGACUUCUCUGAAUACUAGCCCCUCCUCUAUAG